UCGUGCGCUCACCUUUCUUCUCUAGCUAGCUAGCUAGCUGCGGCCGGGCGGCAAUGGGCAUGGGCUCCCGCUGCGGCGACGAGGAGGCGGCGGCGGCCGUGACCCUGCCCCUUCUCGCGGCGGCGGUCUCUCCGAUCAGCAGCCGGAGCCGGAGCCACGCCGGCGACGUGCACCUGCUGUCGGCCGCCUUCCUCUUCGUCUUCUCCGCAUACCUCCCCACGCAGAACCUCCAGAGCACCCUCAACACCGAGGGCAACCUGGGCGCGGUGUCGAUGGGGAUCCUGUACGCGUCCUUCACGGUGUCCGCCAUGGUUGCGGCGCCGGCGGUGAGGCGUCUCGGCUCCAGGGGCGCGCUCGUCGUCGGCACCAGCGGCUACGCGGUCUUCAUCCUCGCCAACCUGCUCCCGACGUGGCGCACCAUGGUCCCGGCCUCGGUCUACCUGGGUUUCACUUCUUCCGUCAUGUGGGUCGGCCAGGGCACGUACCUUACUUCUGCCGCCUUGAGCCAUGCGGCAGAGAAGAAGCUGCCGGAGGGCCAAGUCUUGGGGCGAUUCAACGGGGAAUUCUGGGGGUUGUUUGCAAGCACGCAGGUCAUUGGAAACUUGAUCUCGAUGGCCCUGCUGAGAAAUGGCAAGGAUGGAGAGAAGAACCUCCUGUUUACUGUCUUCCUCGGGUGCAUGCUCAUCGGCAUCGUGCUCAUGUGCCUGCUCUCCAGAAGGGAUGAGAGCAAAGGAGGAUCAGACCAUGAACCCCAAGAGUGUUCCUUUCUCCGGGACAUGUCGAGAUCCGCCGUCGCGCCGCUCGCCGACCCGAGGAUGCUCCUCGUGGCCCCCAUCCUGGCCUACUACGGCCUGCAAAAGGCAUUUGUGUGGGCUGUCUUCACCAAGAGUGUGGUGACGCCUGUCCUCGGCGUCGCCGCAGUCGGCGGGGCGAUGGCGGUGUACGGCGCAGCCGGUGUCAUUAGCUCGCUGGUUGCCGGCCGUCUGACCACCGGCCUGUACUCGUCCACGUUCAUCGUCUCCACCGGAGCUGUCCUUCAGGCCGGAGUGCUGCUCUGGCUUCUCCUUUUCUACAGUCCCAUGGGCGGGCUGCUCGGGCCGGCGGUUCCUCUGGUCGUGGGCGCCGUGUGGGGCGUCGGAGACGGCAUCCUCAACACGCAGCUGAGCGCCUUGAUCGGCCUCCUCUUCAAGAACGACAAGGAGGCGGUGUUCGCGCAGGGGAAGAUGUGGCAGGCUGCGGCCACGGCGGCGGUCUUCUUCCUGAGCCCCGGCGCCACGCUGCCGGCCAUGCUUUCAGCAGUGGCCGCCGCGCUGGCCGUGGCGCUCGCCGCCUUCCUCUUCCUCUCCCUCGUCGUCGAGAGGUCCUACGACGCGCUCAAGCUCUGACUCUCCUGAUGCACGACGCGCGCGGACACCAUGCAUGCCUGGCUUGAUCCGGCACAGCUCAACACAAGAUCCCGGCGGCCUGUCUUCCAUGGCCGCUUAACAGACAGACAGACAGACAGAGAUGUAAAUCAAGAAGAAUUAGUAUGCAGUGCGAGUGCAGAGAUGGCUAGGAAGGUUAAUUCUGACAAGAUUCUAGAUAAAGCUCGUUGAUCAGAUGAA